AUGAGGUUACAGGUCGCUGUGGAGCUGAGGAGCAUUCGUGAGGGCGGUCGCGAAAGACGCACACCAUACGCAGACAUAUGGAUUAUUGAAGGCAGGACACCCAUCAGCAUGGAUGUGCUCAAGCCGUGCGUGGUGGUGGCUCUUAUCUCACUUACCUGCGCCCUCUCCCCUCCGAUCAUCAUCUCCAACGAAGAGGAGUUUGUUCUUCAGCCAGACUCAGUGUUCAACAUCAGCUGCACUGGAAAGAGGACCGUGUUGUGGGCAGAACCUCUGCCUGAAAACACCUUUGUCCUUCCGGGAUUUUACACCACCACCCUCUUCAUUUACAACGCCACCGUGGAGAACACCGGGUACUACAUGUGCACCUAUGAGAGCUUUGAUGGAGAGCCAGAGGAGAACGAGGCGGGCAUCUACGUCUUUGUGCCAGAUCCCACAGCUCCAUUCGUACCAGAGUCUCGAGAGAACCUGAUCGUGCCCAUGGAUCACAUCGGAGUGUCCAUCACCUGCCGCGUGUCUGACCCUCACUAUCACGUCGUCCUGAAGAGCGUGGAGGACGGAGACGAACGCCCUGCUCUGUAUGACAACAAAAUCGGCUUCUUUGGUUCUCUGUCUUCUGGCCAGUACUACUGCGAAACCACAGUCAACGGGCGGACAUUUCAAAGUGCUACUUACACGGUUGAGGACGGAGACACUGCCGUUUUGGACGAUCUCAGGUUAGAAGUGAAGACCAGUGAUGAGACUCUCUCUGUGGGCCGAGAACUGAACAUCACCUGCACCGUUCAAGGAGGACCCUUCUUACAGCAGAAGUGGCUUCAUCCCAAAAAACAGGCUCUGGAUGCGGUUGAAAAGAAAGAGACCUUUUCGGACCAUAUCGUGUACACCCUCCACAUCGCAAAAGCCUCCGCAAAGGACAGCGGGACUUAUGAGUGCUCCGUUACCGACCAGAUCACCGGAGAGGUUAAAACAGGCAUGGUGGCCGUGUCUGUUUUUGAGGACAGCGCCUACGUCACAUUGGACCACAGUGGGAUCCUGCCCACCGAGUUCGUCAGUCUGUUGGAGGAGACGGAGUUUACGAUACUGAUUGAUGCGUUCCCAGCCCCCAAAGUCUCAUGGCAGAAAGACGGAAAGGACAUCGAGCAAAACUAUUAUGUCCUCGCGACGACCAACCACGUAGUAUCCAAUCGCUACCAGAGCAUUCUCAAACUUCGUCAACCGCUGGAGAAAGACAACGGGAUAUACACCAUCGCCGCCAGCAGUGGGUCCCGCACCGCUCACUUCUCAUUUGAGCUCAUAGUAAAAGCUCCCUCGGCCAUCCUGUUCCCGCCGUCCUCUGCCCCGGUGCUACUUCCUCCCAACGAGGAGCUGGUGGUGCCGCUCAACUCCCCCUUCACGCUCAGCUGCCGGGGCCAGGGCAGAGUGGUGUGGGACACUCCGCUGGAAGUCCCGGAGCAGACGCAGGAGGACAGCAACGGCCUCUUUGUGAACACCGUGACCGUGGAGCACGCCACCGCCAUGCACACUGGCGAAUACAGCUGCUUCUACAGCGCCAACGACACGGAGGGCAUUGAGGACAGCGCCAUCUACGUCUACGUGCCAGAUCCCGACACCCCUUUCAUCCCGUCCCUGAUGUCGUUCGCUAACCACGUCAUCUCUGGCCCCGAUGAGAUGGAGGUCCAGUGCCGAGUGUCCGACCCCAGCGCCAACGUCACUUUGGUGAAUGUGGACACGCAGCAGCCCGUCCCCUGCGUGUACGACAGCAAGCGCGGCGCCCUGGGGGUCUUUCCCGGCGGCACGUAUGUCUGCAAGGCUGUCAUCGACGGACAGGAGUACCAGAGCGAGGAGUAUAUCGUCCAUGGCUGGAUCGGUGCUACUGUCGGUAGCGCUCUGCAUGUUGAGCUCAGUGCCAGAAAGACUGCUCUGCUGGUGGGAGAAAGCAUCACCUUGUCCUGCCUGGCAAAAGGAUCACAGGUUUUGGAAGAUCAUUGGAAAUACCCGGGAAAACUGUUAAACCGAGGCAAAAUAUCAGUGAAGGAGGACCAAAGAAACCAGGAAAUACUCUACACACUCACCAUUCCCAAUGCAUCCACUAAAGACAGCGGACUCUACACCUGUUCAAUAUCAGACGUCAUGAGCAGCGACAGCCAAACCAAGACACUCUCAGUGACAGUGUUUGCGAGUGAGUUCCUGAACAUCAAGCCUGAAUUCGCCACGUUCGAAACAGCCGAGCUCGACGAAGUCCGCGAAUUCAGAGCCGACAUCGAUGCCUUGCCCAGCGCUCGCGUGACCUGGCUCAAAGACGGACUUCCUCUCGGCGACGUUACCGCGGAGAUCUCCACCAGCCUCCGGCAGAUCGGCGAGACCAGGUUUUUGAGUGUCCUGACUUUGAUAAGGGCCAAAGAGGAAGACAGCGGGAACUACACCAUGCAAGUCACAAGCGGGAACCAGAGUCGUGGGAUUAGCUUUUCUCUGCUGGUCAAAGUGCCCGCUGUUAUUGUGGACCUCAUGGACAUCCAUCAUGGUUCUGCCUCUGGUCAGGCUGUGGUCUGCAUCACUCGCGGUCAACCUACUCCUGAAGUGGAGUGGUUUGUCUGCAAAAACAUCAAGAACUGUGCCAAUGAUACCUCUUCCUGGGUGCCCCUCCCCGCCAACUCCACUGAUGUCAAAAUGGACGCACACAUGGACGAAGAGAACAAUCUUGAGAGCCAGGUCUUGUUCGGCCACCUGGAAAAUACUCUGGCAGUCCGCUGUUUGGCUAAAAAUGACAUGGCCGCAGUGAGCCGUGAGGUCAAGCUGGUGUCCAAUGGUCCUCACCCCGAGCUGACUGUCGCUGCUGCUGUGCUGGUGCUGCUGGUCAUUGUCAUCAUCUCACUCAUUGUGUUGGUUAUCAUAUGGAAACAGAAACCCAGAUACGAAAUCCGCUGGAGGGUGAUCGAGUCCGUGAGCCCCGAUGGUCAUGAAUACAUCUAUGUGGACCCUAUGCAGCUUCCCUAUGACUCCAGAUGGGAGUUCCCUCGUGACAGACUGGUCCUUGGUCGUGUUCUGGGCUCCGGAGCCUUCGGGAAGGUGGUAGAGGGCACCGCCUACGGACUCAGCCGCUCCCAGCCCGUUAUGAAGGUGGCAGUGAAAAUGCUAAAACCCACAGCUCGCUCCAGUGAAAAACAGGCCUUGAUGUCUGAACUAAAGAUCAUGACACAUCUUGGACCACAUCUGAACAUCGUCAACCUUCUCGGGGCAUGCACUAAAUCAGGUCCUAUCUACAUUAUCACCGAGUACUGCUUCUAUGGAGAUCUGGUGAACUAUCUACACAAGAACAGGGAGAACUUCACGAGUUUGAACACAGAGAAGACCAAGAAGGACGAGGACAUCUUUGGAAUAAACCCGACGGAUGAGAGCAGCAGGAGCUAUGUGAUCCUGUCGUUUGAGAGCAAAGCCGAUUACAUGGACAUGAAACAGGCCGAUACCACUCAGUACGUGCCAAUGCUGGAGAUGAGCAACUCUUCCAAAUACUCAGACAUCCACACGUCCAACUAUGACCAUCCUCCCUCCCAGAAAUCCUCUACUGGGGAAAGCGAGAUUGACAUCCUGCUAACAGACGAUUUGAACGAAGGCCUCACCACCACAGAUCUGCUGAGCUUUACGUAUCAAGUGGCCAAAGGCAUGGAGUUCUUGGCAUCCAAAAAUUGUGUACAUAGAGACCUGGCUGCCAGAAAUGUCCUCCUGUCCCAGGGCAAGAUAGUGAAGAUCUGUGACUUUGGACUGGCUCGGGACAUCAUGCACGACAACAACUAUGUCUCCAAAGGAAGUACCUUCCUUCCAGUAAAGUGGAUGGCUCCAGAGAGCAUCUUUGAUAACAUGUACACUACUCUCAGUGAUGUUUGGUCCUAUGGCAUACUCCUCUGGGAGAUCUUCUCCUUAGGGGGCACUCCAUACCCAGGGAUGGUGGUUGACUCCAGCUUCUACAACAAGAUAAAGAGCGGUUACAGGAUGUCCAAACCAGAGCAUGCUCCUCAUGAUGUGUAUGAGGUGAUGAUGAAAUGCUGGAACAGUGAACCGGAGAAGAGGCCGUCCUUCCUGGGUCUGAGUGAUACAGUUUCUACUCUUCUGCCCUCCAGCUACAAGAGACAUUACGAAAGAGUCAACCGUGAGUUCUUGAAGAGCGACCACCCGGCUGUGACCCGCGUGUGCACGGAGAGCGACGACUACAUCGGCAUCGCUUACAAAAACCAGGGCAAACUGAAGGACCGGGAGAGCGGCUUCGACGAGCAGCGCCUCAGCUCCGACAGCGGCUACAUCAUCCCCCUCCCGGACCUGGACCCCAUCUCCCUCGACGACUACGGCAAGAGGAACAGGCACAGUUCUCAAACAUCUGAAGAAAGUGCUAUCGAGACGGGCUCCAGCAGCUCGACCUUACCGAAGCGCGAGGGCGAGACUUUGGAGGACAUCACGCUUUUGGACGAGAUGUGUCUAGACUGUAGCGACCUGGUGGAGGACAGCUUCCUGUGA